ACACCCACCGAGACAAACCGAGACCCACCGAGGACCCUCAAGAGAAACAUGACAAGAACCAGCAAAUCUGCUAAAGUGGUUGCUUCUGAAGCCAAACCUUCAGAGCUUCCCAAAGCUCAAAAACCUUCUGAUGAGGAGAAACCAACAACUUCUCCCGUCAAAAAGAAUCUGUCCGCUCUGAAAGAAGAGCGUGACUUUCUCCUGCAAAAGCUCUUCCAGAGAAAUGAGCUUUUAACCCAACUCAAACAGAGGAGGGUUGCCACUGAGGAGAACUGCAUGUUGCACUGGGAGUUGCUGCAAGACAUGCAACUAAAAGUGGCAGAAGAACGGCAACUCCGACAGAGGCGUGAACAGGAGCUCCAGCGAUGCAAACAGCUGGCAAAGGCCAAAGCAAAGAAAGUCCAGGAGGAUCUGGAGGAACAAGCCAGCCUCAGACAGGAUCUCAGCACAAGACUGAGAUUGAAGAACAAACUGGCGGGCAGACUUCAGACUCAGGUGGAGGAGCUUUCUGAGCAGGUCAAAUCUCUGAAAACCUCUGUCCAACCAGUGGAGUCUGCUGACCAAGCAGAGGGUGAGCCUGAACCAAAACCAGAAAAAUCCCAGGAUGUCCCUGAAGAAGAAUCUGUGGAGACAAAAGCCUCAGAACCAGAGUUGGGUUCUGAACAGCAAGCAGUUCCAGAACCUUCUAAAAAGCGCCGGAAGCGCAAAAACAAGAAAACAAAGACAACCCCAGACCUGGAGGAACCAGAAACCAACUGUGGACCAGUCAGCCCACCUCUGGAGGAUCUAGAGACUCUAGAUAACAAAGAUCUGGAUCAAGUGAAAACUGAGGAAACUGACUCACCAGUGGUGGAGUCAUUUCCUCAAGAAAAUGUCCCAGAGCCCACGGAAAAUGUCGUUGAGGAGGCAGCAGACCAAGUCCAAGUUUCAGAACCAGCAAUUUUGGCUGAACCACAAGUGGCUGCAGAACCUUCCAAAAAGCGCAGGAAGCGCAAAAACAAGAAGGCAAAGAAAAGCCCUGACCUGGAGGAACCGGAAACUGACUGUGGACCAGUCAGCCCACCUCUGGUGGACCAGGAGAUUCUAGAUCACAUAGAACUGGAUCAAGUAAAAACUGAGGAAACAGACUCACCAGUGGUGGAGUCGUUUCCUGCAGAAAAUGUCCCAGAGUCCACUGAAAAUGUCGCUGAGGAGGCAGCAGUCCAAGUCAAAGCUUCAGAACCAGAGAUGGUUUCUGAACCACAAGUGGCUGCAGAACUUCCCAGGAAGCGCAAGAGACCUCUGGAGACGGACACAACAGAAUCUCCUCCCACCAAAAGACGAAGGAUCUGUAGACCAGUCCUUGUCAGGACUCGUUUGGCCAAACGAAGAGCUGUCCUCAACGCGAAACCUGAGAGGAAAACAGACAAAAGUGCUCUGGGACUGCCAUGGACCUUUUUGGAGGAAACUGACCCCAAAGUAGAAGUUUCACUCCCAGAACCAGAACCAGAGAUGGUUUCUGAACAAGAUCCCCAAGAAGAAGAGUCAGUGGCCAAGGACUUGAAAGAGCCAUCCAUUGUGGAGAAACCAAAAAUCUCCCUGUGGAGAAAAUUCAAAAAGGCUCUGACUCCAGCAAGAUGGCGCAAAUACAAGGCUGACACUCCUGCGGUCAUACCGGAUCAAACAUCUACCGACCCGGAUGAGGAGGAAACUUCAAUUGACCAACAACAGGAAACGUCCAUAGACCUAGACCUGGAAAUGUCGGAUUUCGAAGACGAAACCUCCGAUGACAAAGAAGGAAUUUCUGAUGACGAGGAAGAAACGUCAGAUGAUGAGGAAGACACAUCAAGAGAUGAAGAAACAUCAGAUGAUGAAGAAACGUCAGAUGAUGAAGACGAUGAAUCAUCAGAAAUCACUGGUGGACAAAAGAUUUCCCUGUGGAGGAGAUUCAAAAAGGGUCUCACUCCAGCAGGCAGACGCCAGUAUAAAAACAUAGAGUAAGAAACUAAAGUCUUACUCAAAAAUGGGUUUUCUCCUGGUGCUCAGGUUCACCCUUAAAAAAUGUCUUGUCUUUGUGUUGUGUUUUGUUAAAAAAAUAAAAAUAAAAAAAAUAAAAAA